AUGGGAGGGGCAGGCGUUGUGCUGCUGCUGCUGCUGCUGUUGGCCGGAGCGGGCGCCGGGGUGGCCUGGAGACCACCAAAGGGAAAGUGCCCUCCGAGCUGCUCCUGCUCCAAGGAUAGUGCCCUGUGUGAGGGCUCUCCAGACCUGCCCGAGAGCUUCUCCCCGACCCUGCUGUCACUCUCACUCGUUAGGACUGGAAUCACCCAGCUGAAGGCCGGAAGCUUCCUGAGGGUGCCCACACUGCACCUGCUCCUCUUCACAUCCAACUCCUUCUCUGUGAUUGAGGACGAUGCAUUUGCGGGCCUGUCCCACCUGCAGUACCUCUUCAUCGAGGACAAUGACAUUGGCUCCAUCUCUAAGAACGCUCUCAGAGGACUUCGCUCACUCACACACCUGAGCCUGGCCAGUAAUAAUCUCAAGACCCUCCCCAGAUUCCUGUUCCGAGGCCUGGAGACCCUAACUCAUGUGGACCUCCGCGGGAACCCGAUCCAGUGUGACUGCCGCGUCCUCUGGCUGCUGCAGUGGAUGCCCACCGUGAAUGCCAGCGUGGGGACUGGGGCCUGCGCCGGCCCCACUGCUCUGGCCCACAUGCAGCUCCGCCACCUGGACCCCAAGACGUUCAAGUGCAGAGCCAUUGAGCUGUCCUGGUUCCAGACGGUUGGGGAGGCGGCGCUGGGCGUGGAGUCCUUCUCCUACCAGGGGGAGCCCCACAUCGUCCUGGCACAGCCGUUUGCGGGCCGUUGUCUGAUCCUCACCUGGGACUAUAGCCUGCAGCGUUUCCGGCCCGAGGAAGAGCUGUCAGCGCCCUCGGUGGUGUCCUGCAAGCCACUGGUGCUGGGCCCGAGCCUCUUCGUGCUGGCCGCCCGCCUGUGGGGUGGCUCGCAGCUGUGGGCCCGGCCCGGCCCCGGCCUGCGCCUGGCCCCCACACAGGCCCUGGCCCCACGACGGCUGCUGCGGCCCAAUGACGCCGAGCUCCUGUGGCUGGACGGGCAGCCCUGCUUCGUGGUGGCCGACGCCUCCAAGGCGGGCAGCACCACGCUGCUGUGCCGGGACGGGCCCGGCUUCUACCCUCACCAGAGCCUGCACGCCUGGCACCGGGACACGGAUGCCGAGGCCCUCGAGCUGGACGGCCGGCCCCACCUGCUGCUGGCCUCUGCCUCACAGCGGCCCGUGCUCUUCCACUGGCUCGGGGGCCGCUUCGAGAGGCGCACAGACAUCCCCGAGGCUGAGGACGUCUAUGCCACGCGUCACUUCCAGGCCGGCGGGGACGUGUUCCUGUGCCUGACACGCUACAUCGGGGACUCCAUGGUCAUGCGCUGGGACGGCUCCAUGUUCCGCCUGCUGCAGCGACUGCCCUCGCGUGGUGCCCACGUCUUCCAGCCGCUGCUCAUCGCCAGGGACCAGCUGGCUAUCCUGGGCAGCGACUUUGCCUUCAGUCAGGUCUUGCGUCUUGAGCCUGACAAAGGGCUCCUGGAGCCGCUGCAGGAGCUGGGGCCCCCAGCCUUGGUGGCCCCCCGUGCCUUUGCUCACAUCACCGUGGCCGGCAGACGCUUCCUCUUCGCCGCUUGCUUCAAGGGCCCCACACAGAUCUACCAGCAUCACGAGCUAGACCUCAGUGCCUGAAACGCGAGGGGACCUUGAGACCUUGGACACGGCUCGGAGGGGAGGGGGCACUGGCGCGGGGAGUCCCAGGCCUCUGGACGCUCACUUGAACGGCCUCCUGGCCCUACCCGGGGUGAUGGUAUCUGUGAGGUACUGACCACAGGCCGAGUUCAAGACAAGGGCCUUGAACUUCCAGUCUGAAGCAACAUCUCAGCCCGUGGCACAUGCUCCGACCAAGCAUGACUUGGGGCUCGGGCUGGGGCACCGCAAGAAGCUGGGGUACCGAAGCCAUGGUGGGGGCGAUGUGCAGAACUCCAUGAGGUCUGGAAGAGCCCCCUCAAGCCCACUCCCCUCCUGCUCCCUCUGAAAGUGCUGAGGAGGAGAGAGCUUUCCUUUCCCUCUAAACUCAUUCUGGCCAAUCUCUUUUAGUGCCCGCCUCCGUGACGUCAUCAGUCGCUGGGCCGGUUUCCCUGCCCGGGCCUGCUAACUUCCUCUGCUGCUUUGUGCGCAUGCCUCCUGCCCAGGCGGAAGCCCAGCGUGUUGGCCCUCUUGCGCCUGCGCAAGAAAUAGGUGGGAAAGUAGGUGUUGUGGCUGGAGCCCCCGCUACCCUUUCUCUGGAGAGGACGGGAAGUGUAUAAGCUCAAUAAACACGCUGUGCACCUGCCUCACCCAUUA